AUGCCUCUGUUGACGAGAUUUAGUGCCGCCAGCAGAGCAGUGCUCAAUUACGUGCCGCGGACGACGACCACAGCUGCCAUCUUCGGCUCCCGCGGCAAGACGACGACGACGACCAGCCAUCACUUCGCAGCAGGGCCCGAUUUCGAGCAAACAAAAGCAUCCCGCCCUGAUUUCAACCCCAGCGAACCCAUCAAAUACAUCAAACCGCCCAAUGGUGCCUGGCAAAAGGGCGACGGCGCCAGCGACGGCGGCGCAUCGCUGUCGGCCAAGCACGUCGCGAUUGACCCGUAUGCGCCAGGUCGGUCGAUAGCCAGCAACUACAAACUGCUCGUCUCGGGAAUUGUGCCCAGGCCGAUUGCCUUUAUUAGCACGCGAUCAAAGGAUGGCACCUCAGUCAAUCUGGCGCCGUUUAGCUACUUCCAAGUAAUCAACCACGACCCGCCGCUGUUCACUGUCAGCUUCGUCGGCUCGAUCGCCACGGCUAAGGACACGCUGAAGAAUUUGCUCGAGACGAAAGAGUGCGUGAUCAAUGUCAUCUCGGAGCAUUUCAUGGACGCGGCCAACGCGACGGCCGUGAACGCGCCGUAUGGAGUCUCGGAGUUUGGUCUCGCGGGUCUGCAUCAGGCUGAAUCUUCGACCGUCGCGGCGCCGCGAGUGCGUGAGUCGGUGUUCUCGAUCGAGGGCAAGCUAUUCGAGACGAAAGAAUUCGAGAGCCGGGCUAAACCAGGCAAAAAGACCUCUGUCCUGGCAAUCAUCGAGGGCACGCGGUUCUGGGUCCGCGAGGAUGCCAUCAACGAGGGCCAGGAUCUCAUUGACCUGGAAGUGCUGCGUCCAGUCAGCCGGCUAGGCGGGAUUAGAUAUGGGCGUACAACGGAAGUUGUAGAGCUUGAACGCCCGGCUUUCUGA